GCCGGCCUCUGACGCCCCCGCGUCCGCAGCGCCAUGGGCGAGUGGGCGUUCCUGGGCUCGCUGCUGGACGCCGUGCAGCUGCAGUCGCCGCUCGUGGGCCGCCUGUGGCUGGUGGUCAUGCUGAUCUUCCGCAUCCUGGUGCUGGCCACGGUGGGCGGCGCCGUGUUCGAGGACGAGCAGGAGGAGUUCGUGUGCAACACGCUGCAGCCGGGCUGCCGCCAGACCUGCUACGACCGCGCCUUCCCCGUCUCGCACUACCGCUUCUGGCUCUUCCACAUCCUGCUGCUCUCGGCGCCCCCCGUGCUCUUCGUCAUCUACUCGGUGCACCGGGCCGGCAAGGAGGCGGGCGGCGCGGACGCCGGGCCCGGGCCGCCCCCGCGCCGGCGCUGCUACCUGCUGAGCGUGGCGCUGCGCCUGCUGGCCGAGCUGGCCUUCCUGGCGGGCCAGGCGCUGCUCUACGGCUUCCGCGUGGCCCCGCACUUCGCGUGCGCCGGCCCGCCGUGCCCGCACACCGUGGACUGCUUCGUGACCCCGCCCACCGAGAAGACCGUCUUCGUGCUCUUCUACUUCGCCGUGGGGCUGCUCUCGGCGCUGCUCAGCGUGGCCGAGCUGGGCCACCUGCUCUGGAAGGGCCGCCCGCGCGCCAGGCGCUGUCGCCAGGGGGCCGAGCGCGACGGCCGCCGCCACCGCGCGCGCGAGGAGGCGGGGCAGCUGCGCCCGCCGCCCCCGGUCCCGCCCUCGCGGCCCCCGCGCCCGGACCCCUGCGGCCCGCCCGCCUACGCGCACGCGGCCCCCGCCGGCGACAGCGAGGGCGGCAGCGGCCGCAGCAAGGCGUCCCUGGCCACCGUCCGCCAGGACCUGGCCAUCUAGAGGCGGGCGGAGGGUGCUUCCGCGAGAACUGGCCCCACGAGCCUGCCCGAGCGCUUCCCGGGUGCUCUCGGUUGAGCUGGUGAGGGGCCGGGGGAUGAACGGAGGCGGGUCCGGAUGCCCUCCCCGAUCCAGGUGGCGGGGAAGGAGGCCCGGGACUGAGAGAAAGGGCACAGGAGGGCCUAGCGGAGAGGAACGUGGAGGUUCGGGUGGUGCUCAGAAAAAAGUCAUCGCGAUACCAGCUUCCCGCGCGCGGGCCUCUCCUCGUUCAGACUGAGGUGUGGCCCGGGUGCGGGCUCCCUAUGUGUGUGCACACAUGUACACGUAUGUAUAGUGUGAGCUGUGUGUGUGCAUGUGUGUACGCGCAGGUGCAUCCUAUGUGGGCUCGCUGUAUGUGCAUGCGUAUGCCCUGUGUGGGUUCUGUAUGUGCAUGCAUCUGUAUGCCCUGGGUGACUGCAUGGGGGAGAGAGAGAGAGAGAGAGAGAUCUGAUAAGGUGCCAGCAACAGGCGCAAUGGCUCCCCCCUUACCUGCAGGGGUAUUGUAGGAAGCUCUCCCCGCUUAAUGGAGCCCACACAGGGAGGAGAGAGGUGCCCCUUCACCCUGGGCAGGACUCCGUGUGGAAGGGCUUGUGGGCACCAUCCACACCCUCGACUGUGUGGCCUGGGCAGGGUGGCCAAGCGGUCCCUUUUGUUGGAAGUAGAGUGGGGGUGGGCAGUAGGGUCAGAAGGCAGGACUCUGUCCUAGCUUCGCUCCCUCACCCUGCGGCUGUUCCCCAAGUCCACACAUACGGCCAAGUUCCUUCCAUCCUUGAAAGAAAUCUGCCCCAAAACGUGCCCCCGGCCCUGCAUUUCCUUGCAGCCAUCUUCCCUCCUGGGGGCAAGCAAAGAGCAACCUACGUGGCUUCCUCUUGUCCCCUUUCUGCCCCUUCUCCGCCCCUAUCUGUCUUCUUCCCUUGCCACCCCAGUGGGGCUGCUCUCCUGAAGAUCACCCAGGACCUAAGUGACAUCCAGGGGCCACCAUCUGACGCUGCCCUGGGCUCUAUCCAACCCUGCUGAGCAGGCCACCACCACCCACCCUGCCUGAUUUUCUCCUAGUCCUCCUGCUUAUGCCCUCUGGGGCUCCCUGUCAUCGGGGUAAGUCCAGCACCCGAAUGAGGCUUCUGAAGUCCCGCCCUGUCCAGUCCUGCCCCAGCCCCAUGGCCUGGGCUUCCUACGGUUUCUGUGCUCCAAACCAUACUGAGUUUUCUUUUCCUGCCAGGCACAGUGCCCCAUCUCCUUCCAGAUGUUUGAACAUGCUGUUUCUUGGCCUGGAGGAGCCUGCCUCUCUGCAGCACCCUCUCCCCACCCUAGCUAAUACCUACCUACCUUUUGGUCUCAUUUGGGAAGAAAUAGAUGCCGUCCCUCACAGCACCCACCCCCAAGGCGGAACUAGACACCCCGUGGCACCCAUGCCUCCCCAGGCAUAGCUUGCCUGCUGGAUGGCAUUGCUCGCCCCUCCACACUGGCGCAGAGGAGGUGGAUAAGGGCUUAUCCACACUCGUGGUGUGCAACAUUUCUCUGAUGAUGGUCAGCUAUGUGUGCAAAGCCUGGGCCUCCAACAAACUCAGAAGUGGAUAUCCAGCUGUUUUCCAGAUGUAUUCAUUCAAGGAAUAUUUGUUGAGCACAUACUAUAUGCCAGGCAAUGUUCAAGACCAGCGCUGUUCAAUAGAAAUAGGAUGUGAGCCACAUGUGUAAUUUUAAAUUUUCCAGUAACCACAUUAAAAAAUAAAAGGAAACAGGGAUGC